AGUACGCGAAAAAGAGACAGCAGCCAUCCGACCCGCCCGCCUUGCCUUGCUGGUCCCUCAGGCGCCAUGAUGCGCUCGUAUGUCUGCCAGCAAUGCCGCCUGCAGCUGCCGCGACGACUCGCCCCGCCGCGCCACCCGCAAUUGCUGUCCCGAGCCACCAUCGUCUCGUUCCGCAAACCCCCCAAAGCCUCACAGCCCGCCGACGAGGCGCAACAACCGCCUGAAGCCGCCCCGAGCGAGGACACUACGGCGCCGCGGGCGCAGCCACAAGAGCCUGGGAUAGCAUACGGGAGACGUGAUCCAGAAGCGCCCUUGUUUCGCUACCACAGGGUCGACGACAAGCCAAGCCCACAUGGCGAUGGAACUGCACCAGUGGGCCGUUAUACUCGCGCCGCGCAGCCUGACGUUGCGCCCAGCCGAUUCUGGACCAUGGACCAUGGCGAUGGCAGGAACAGCAAGGCGUCCCGCCCUUCCUCGUCCUCGUCAUCUGCCGUGCAAACAAUCAACACAGCCUUGAAGAAGGGGAGCGUAGAGACAGCCUGGGACGCUUUCAACAGAAGCUUCACCUCGCGAGACGUGCCCGCUCUGACCGACCCACCGCUCAGCGAUGUCCCCCUUCUUUCAGGCGGCAAGCUGUUCAAGCAGCUUGCGCUGGCCACCGCCCUGGAAUUCGGCAAAGGAAACAAAGCAGUCCCAACACCGACCCAAGUCCUCUUCCGAUUCGAGCAACUCGACAUAGCACCGCCGCGCGUUUGGGGCCAGGUGAUAGCAAUCCUGACAUACCAGUUCAUGCGGUCAAUGGCACCACCCGGCCAACGCGGAGCCCCGGAAGACCCAAACGAGUCCGACACGGAAGCGACGCUGGGCGAGCUGCUGUCACUUUGGAGGUUGUUCUUCCAGCGCUACGGAAAACAGCAAGCAAAAGAUCCUCUCGAGUCCAUCAGCACCGAGUGGAAGGCGAUCCCGGAUGGUCAGGUCAGUUUCGGGGAAGCCGGCAAAUACUUCGGGAAACGCCUGCAGCAUUUCUGUCCUACACACGACAGCACUCCCGAGUUGCACUACUCGGCCAUAAGCAUCUUCAACUAUUUUCAUGCUGAGACGGAGCCUCCGCAUGCCAUCUCGGAGACGCUCCGACAACAGAACGAACCAUUCCUUCGCUUGUUAGCAUCCACUUUGGCUGGGUCAAACAUCGAGAGCGCCUUCAAGCACGCCGAAUUUCAUCCCAUGUUAAGGAGCUUAGGCAAGGAGUAUCAACGGUCCAUCGCUGCUCAGAUGGAUUCGGCCCCUAGUCUAGCAUCAACCAUACUUGGCGUCGACCCUGGAGCAACUCCAGAGGAACGGGCCUCCCAUCUGCAAGCGUCCUUCCUCAAGCGCAUCGGCAGGCAAGUGAUGAUGCAGGCCAAUGCGCGUGAGGUAGAGAAGCUUUGGGGUGAGGCGCAGAAAAUGUACAGAUCAUUCGUGGUGGGAAAGUCGCAAAUUCCGCGACCGAUUUAUAACGCUUUUCUGUCUGGUACCAUGACGCUGUUCCAGCCGGACCAAACCGUCAAGAUCUGGAACCACAUGAUUGCGAAUGGUGUCAGCCCAAAUUUGGAGACCUGGAACGCAAUGCUGAUGGGCUGCGCGAAGGCGAAAGACUUAGCCGGCAUGAACGCCGUCUGGGAUAGAAUGAUACGCGCUGGUGUCGAGCCUGACCAAUACUCUUGGACAACGCGGGUCCAUUCAACCAUUGGUACCCACGUUCAAAUUGAUGCAGGUUUGGCCAUACUAGACGAAAUGGGCAAGCGAUGGCUUUCAGCUGAAGCUGCGAUCAAGGACUCGAAAAAUCCAGCAAAUAGAAAAGGACCCAGAAAACCUGUGUCAAAUGCAAAUCUGGUCAACACCUUCACAAAACCAGACAUUGGAGUGAUCAACGGUGCAGUUGACGGCAUCGUCCAAUUGCCCACCAAAGGAAGUGUUCAGGGAAGGCGGGGCCAUGGCUUGACCUUCGAAUCAAAAGUGUCAUACGUACAGAGAAUUUUGCAGUGGGCUGGCAACUUUUCCAUCAAGCCUGACACUCGCACCUACAACGCUUUGAUCAAGCUCUACCUGGGUGGUAACGACUUUCCAACCGCCUUUAAGCUACUCCGCCAAAUGGAGACGGAAGGCCUAGAGGGUGAUCUUGCAACACACACCAUGCUCCUCCGUGCAGCUUUCGACAAUCAGAAAUUCGACACCCUCUCUCACCAGGAGCAGGCCGAUCGUGUCAUUGGUCUCUUCGACCAGCUUGAUCAGGGCGGCUUGAAGCCGAAUACAUAUGUGUACCAGAUCGCCGUAGAUCGCCUACUAAAGUACUUUAGCAACUACACGGGCGUGCGCGCAGUCAUAGACCAUAUGAUGAGUCGCGGUUUCCUCGUCUCGCCGCAGAUUUACACCUCGCUGGUCACACACUAUUUCCAACAAGAUCCGCCGGCCAUCAAGGAAGUUGACAGCCUCGUGACACGCAUCUUGGGCCCGCCCGCAGCGCCAACGGAUAGGUUUCUCUUUGAUCGCAUCGUUGAGGGAUAUGCAGGAAUUGGCGAGAUUGCGCCCAUGAUGACCGUGCUCACGAAAAUGAGCGCGCAUGGCAAGAGGCCGAGCUAUCGUGCCCUGGUUGAAGUCGUCAAGGCACUAUACAACGCGGGAGAAUGGGAGCGCGCGAGGGGCAUUGUCCGCGACGUGAAGGAGAGCACGGGUGUUGUGAAGGACGGGGCAACGACGACGCAUCAGGUUGAUCGCGACCAAUUCUUCUACGCUAUAAACGCGCUUGCUCCAGACCUGCUAGAGGAGCUGGCUGGUGAUCACUUCAAGGCGCCGGUGCGUGCGCAGACCACGCAAGGCGAUGCUGGCUACGAACCGGCGCAGCCACAACAUGAGCAAGCGCAGUACGAGCAGCAGUCGUACGACCAGUACCAGCCCCAAGACCAGCAAAAUUAUCAAGGUGGCUAUGAGCAACAGCAGUACGGCCAGAGCGGGUAUGAGCAAGCGCCAUACGAGCAGACGCCCUACCAGCAGCCGCAGGAGAUGGACAAUGAGUUUGUCAACGCCGAGCACGAGGGGUACCUCUCUGACGAGCCCGAGGUGCCGCACCAGCAGUGGACGAUGAAUGGCGCUCAGAGUGCUGGGCGCAGGUGAGAUGAGAAAGCGGGUCUAGCAUUUGGAUUGGGACUUCCAGGGCGUCUGUAGGAUAGGAUAGCAUAGACUUGUACGAGAAGAGAAUGUGUGCAUAGUUAUAUGCACAGCGCGGCUUGCUGUACAGAAUAGACAUGUAGAAUACCCCGUGCCAUUGCGACUCCCGCUGGAGCCGUAUGAAUUCCGCACAGCAAUGGUGAACGUUUCAAGUAG